AUGUUUCUCAUUUCAUUUUCUUAACGUAUGUUGUGUUCCAGGAAGAAUACUAUUGGCCAGUAUGAGAGUCACACUGCUUUUACUCUUCCGGGACUGUAUAGAGUUGUCCACGGCAUUGAUGUUUUUGAUCCCAAGUUCAACAUUGUCUCUCCUGGAGCAGAUAUGACAAUAUAUUUUCCAUACUCUGAUAAGGAGAAAAGACUCACGGCCCUACACAGUUCAAUUGAAAAGCUAUUAUACGGUACCGAGCAGACCGAUGAGUACAUCGGUUCACUGACAGACCGGUCAAAGCCUAUAAUUUUCUCCAUGGCAAGGCUAGACAGAGUUAAAAACAUAACUGGUUUGGUAGAAAGCUAUGCUAAGAACAGCAAAUUGAGGGAACUUGUCAACCUUGUGGUAGUAGCUGGUUAUAUUGAUGUCAAAAAGUCCAGUGACAGAGAAGAAAUUGAAGAGAUUGAGAAGAUGCAUGAUCUCAUGAAGCAAUACAAUUUGAAUGGCGAGUUUCGAUGGAUUACUGCCCAAACAAAUAGAGCACGUAACGGGGAGCUGUAUCGCUACAUAGCAGAUACAAAAGGCGCUUUCGUUCAGCCUGCUUUCUAUGAAGCUUUUGGACUUACAGUUGUGGAGGCCAUGACUUGUGGACUCCCUACGUUUGCUACUAACCAUGGUGGUCCUGCUGAGAUCAUCGAGCAUGGUGUAUCGGGAUUCCAUAUUGAUCCUUAUCAUCCCGACCAAGCAUCAGAGCUAUUGGUUGAUUUUUUCCAACGAUGUAAGGAGGACCCAAAUCACUGGAAUAAAGUAUCCGAUGGUGGCCUUCAAAGAAUAUACGAAAGGUACACAUGGAAGAUUUAUUCUGAAAGGCUUAUGACCUUGGCUGGAGUUUAUAGUUUCUGGAAAUAUGUUUCCAAACUAGAGAGACGCGAAACUCGGCGAUAUCUUGAGAUGUUCUACAUUCUUAAGUUCCGUGAUUUGGCAAAUUCUGUUCCAAUAGCAAAGGAUGAUGCAAAUUAACCUGUCCUGCUGGGGCAUGGCUGCUUUAUGUUUUUAUCA